GGCUUUUCACUAUUUAAGUCGUAACAUUUUAAGCUUUGCUUGGUGUUGAUAAUGGAGGCAUUGUCGUAGGAACUGAUUUUGGAGCUCAAAGUUUAGGGCUUCUUUCUUUGCUGAUGGAUCCGGAAAAUGAAAAUCGAAGACUCGGUGAUUUAUCAAAUGAAGACAAUUUCCAAAACUUAACGCCAAUAAAAGCAGCGCUACUCAACAACUUAGAAACCGCCCUCGUCAACUCGGUCACACAAGACGACAGGAAUCUCUUCUUGACUCAUUCGCGUCAACUCGUCUACGAUUUGGAUGACGAUCCUUCGAACCGAAGAGGCUUGGCAUUGAAGCUUCUCCUCCUCUGUUGUUACUUCGACGCUAUCGAAUGCACCACGUCGCUGCUCAACGGAGAAGUCGGAACCGACUUUCUGCCUCUGGUGAAUGGGGUUGACACGGAGACGAAAAUGACGGCUUUGCAGGCGGCAGCGGAGGCUCACUCGGCGCGUUGUUUGAAGUUGCUGCUAAAGAAACGCGCCCGUACAGAGACGAGGAGUAAAGAUGGACGGAGUCUGCUUGCUCUGGAAAUGGCUUUGUCUAGUAGCAGGAUGGAUGUGAUAUGGAACCCGGAUGAUUACAUUGUUGAGGACUUGGUGGUUCUCCUUAGUGAAAAGGAUUUGACCGCGGUGAAACUUCUGAGUGAAAGAACGCAAGCCAUAGGCGAGGUAGCACAUUCAGCAGCCGUGGGAGGCAAAAUAGUAGCUUUAGCAGCGCUUCUCAUCGUAGCAGCGGAGAAAGUUAAUGACGCCGUCGUAGUAUUACCCAACGUUUAUUCGGGGUCAAAGGAAAAAGACACCGUUUACCAGUGCGUGAUCCGGGAAGCUUUAUCGGCAGGUCUCCGUGACACUUCGCCGUCGAUAACUGCUACGUCCCCAACCAAAGUCGGGACUGAUAUGAAACGGAAGCUUUUGCUUUGCGAGAUCGAGUUGUUUCAGCUGUUUGGAGCCGAUGCUCAUAACAGCUGCGGAGAUAAGAAGAUGACAUCACCCUUAAUCCGUGCUAUCAAGGCCCGAGACGAAGCUGUCAUCCAGCUGCUUCUAAAGACCAACAUAGACGUAAAUGACGCUGAUUCUGAAGGAAACUCUGCUCUGCAUUGGUCCCUUAGGAUAUCCUGGGCUUCAUCUUCACAGCAGCUUAAAAUCAUGUGGCUCCUACUGAGGCGAGGUGCUCGAGUAAACCAAAAAGACAAAUUAGAAUCAACUGCUUUCCACAUUGCUGCUGCCAAUGGGAAUGCACAGGCACUCCAAGUACUUCUACUAGAAGAUCCAGAUGGAAUCAACUACAAAACUAUAAUGAAAGAGACCCCGUUGUUUUUUGCUGUGAAAAAUGAUCAUAUUGAAUGUGCUGAUCUUCUGCAGCGCUGGGGAGCAAACAGUGAAGGCCUCAACUUACGUAGAGAGAGGCCAAUCGACCUGGCGAAGUCACAAGACAUGCGUUUCAUUCUAAACAAAACUUACAUUACUCUCAAGCAUCGGAAUUCCCCCGUUGAACAGAAAUAUAUUCGUUUCCAAGGCGAUGAAGUGUUUUAUGAUACAUGUGAAACUCUUCUUACCAUGGCAGAUGAGAGCAACUAUACUGAAAGAACCAACAUAAAUUUUAAAACAGAGAUCUGUAAGUACUUUGAAUCUGGAGGAUGUGUCAGAGGAUCCAAGUGCUUUUAUGCUCAUGGUAAAGAGGAGCUUCGACAGGCAAAACAGGGAAUGCACCUAGUUCAUUCUCUUGCAGCCGAAAAAAUGAAAAGGAGAAUUUUUGUAGGCGGCCUCCAUCCUCUGGUUGAUUCAGACUCAUUGAGCAAAUAUUUUGAAGAUGAAUUUGGGCCUGUGGAAGAUGCACAUGUUGUUACUGUUAAAACAGGUGAUGAAUUAAUGUCACGGGGCUUCGGCUUUGUCACUUUUAAGCAUGAGAAGUCUGUUUUGAAGGCUGUUCAAGAGCACUAUGUAACUAUUAUGGACAAGCAAGUUGAAAUCAAAAGUGCGGUUGGGAGAUGGGACGAGUCAUUGAAGUUAUCAACUCAGCAACAUCAAAAGGAUCCAAAUGCCCAAUAUCAACCACCAUUGGAGUCUUCCACCAGAAAAACUGCGGAAGAGGCGCCGAGAAGGAAGACCUUGGAAGACUCUAAAGCUGAUCAAAUCUCAUGGGUGAAUAAACUACUCCAUGGCCAACCCAAGACGUGUUCUGAAUCUGAAGUACUCGCUAGCCCCAUUGCUUCACACCAAAAGGUUCCACUGUGGUUGAGAACGUUCAAGAAAUGGCUUCCCAGUUUCUUACAAGAGGUAUCAAAAAACCCAAAGGAAGAUAAAUACCCUUUGUCAUCGUUGAAGGCAGAUUUCAGGGCUGCAUUCGGCUUAGAACUAGACCAUGUUUCUCUUGGCUACACUAAGCUUAGUGAUUUUAUGAGAUCUUUUCCCGAUCUUUGUUGCAUGAAGGUCAUGCCAGUUGGAGGUGGUGGAUCUCCCAAUCACAUGGUGCUUAUUCCUUCCUCAUCUAGGUCUGAUUGGAAAUCGCUUCAGCCUCUCACCAUGCGCUGCUGCUCACCAUCUUGUGCUGCAACACCGCAAGAAAAUACCGAUACUGAUUCUAAGAAACCCAAUUAUCUCCGGGGUCUUUUCUUGAAUUCUUGUGAAGAUGUUUGCAUCAGCAGAAGCCAGGUUGAUCAAUCUAAAAGUGGGCUGCAAGGGAAUUCAGUUCUGAAGAAAAAAUUGCCUGUUGCACACCCAAAUUUUCUGCAAGUCUUAAAGUCAGACCUUUGCCUUCCUCAAAUGAAGCUAUUUGAUGAAAGUAAAAUUCAAACGGCAAAUGCUAACGAUGAAAAAGGAGGGACUCAUGGUCGGGUAUCCACUGAUAGGAAACUUGGUCAUACACGGAGACAUUUGGUUCUUGAGGCCCUUCUAAGAAAACAGAAAAACUCAUCCAUAUUCUUCCUUCGUCAAUUUGAUUUCUAUCACAAUUACAAGGCAAGCAUUAAGCAAGGGAAAUGCUUUUGGUGCAAUCAGCCGAAGUUGUUAUGGGCGAACUUUCCAUGCAAACACUUGCUGUGGUGCAGCGAAUGUAAAACGGAAGCUUCUCGAGCAGCUGGCGAUUUCGAUCAUCGAUGUGUGGUAUGUGAUACGAAGGUACAGACAUUUGUCUUACCUACAUUGGAUAUAUACCCUAGGUCUUUACAUGAAAGGCCCCUCAAAACCGAGGAAUUUCCUCCUUUCAAUCCUUCUCAUAUUCGAAGGUAAAUCUUCU